AUGACGACUAUUUUUUUGUUCUUGAUGCUGGUAUCGGCUUGCUAUGCUUCAAGUGAAUUGCCAGUUGUCGACCUUGGUUAUAACCUACACCAAGCAUUUUCAUUGAAUAGUACUUCGGGUCUUUACAACUUCAGCAAUAUUCGUUACGCCGCUCCGCCAGUGGGUGACCUGCGUUUUCGAGCUCCGGUGUGGCCCGAGCAAAAUCGAACGGAAGUUCAAACUGGUGCAGUAGGCCGGAUUUGUCCACAGGCUCUCCCAAUAUGGACGACAGAUAUCGAGCCCCAGUUCCUGUUGAGUCUGCUGUACAACACCACCUUCAAUCAAUCGACUGAUAUCUCCUCGUAUCCAUACGUCCCGGCCAAAUUGGACCCACGAACCACGGAGGACUGCCUAUUCAUGGACGUGGUGGUUCCUAGGAAAAUCUUCCACCGUACGCAUGGAAAAUCCUUUGUUCCACGAAAUGCACUUGCACCAGUCCUGGUGUGGCUUGUGGGCGGCGGUUACGUCAAGGGAGACAAGAGUUCGAACGAUCCCACCGGGCUAAUCGAGAGAAGCAUGGUGGUCGGUGACGGGAUUGUCUAUGUCUCGAUCAACUAUCGACUGGGAGCCUUUGGCUGGCUUGGAGGCGAAGCGGUGAUAGCUAACGGCACUGCCAAUGCCGCUCUCCAUGAUCAGCGACAUGCCCUUGACUGGGUUCAUAAGAACAUUCACUUGUUUGGAGGCGACCCUGCCCGCGUCACAGUCAUGGGAGAAUCUUCGGGUGGCGGAUCCCUCAUGCACCAAAUAACGGCGUACGGAGGGAAAGCCGGGCCGUCUCCCUUCAAACAGGCCAUUCUACAAAGCCCAGGAUGGUCUCCGGUGGUCGAUGAAGAGCUUCAAGAGCAGACUUUCCAAGAUUUCUUAGGGAUUCUGAAUGUCAGCACCCUUGACGAAGCACGAAACCUUCCAACUGAGAAAUUGAUCGCUGGGAAUGCAAAGCAAAUCGCGACCAAGGCGACCUGGGGCGACUUCGUUUACGGGCCAGUUGUGGAUGGCAGCUUCGUCCCAGAUCUUCCUGGGAAGCUCCUCCUACAAGGGAGCUUUGAUCCUAACCUGAGGGUCAUGGUUGGUCACAAUGCUAACGAAGGUCUUGUGUUUACGUCGCCCGCAGGGCGAAACGGGAGUGCGCUCGGCGAUCUACUAAAGAUUCAGUUCCCCAACAUUAAGCCGAGCGUCACCAAUUUCAUUACGAAUGAUCUUUACCCGGCCAACUACAGCGGGUUCUAUGGAUAUACGAGCCCAUUCGAGCGUAAUGCUGUGCUCCUCGCAGAUCUGGCCUUUGUGUGUAACACCGACUAUCUCAACCGAGCAUAUUCAAACCACACGUAUGCCUACGAAUUCAGCAUUCCGCCCGCUCUGCAUGGUCAGGACAGUCUUUAUAUUUUCUAUAACCCGGGGUCGACAGGAUUCAAUGCGGGUCUGUCGGCCCUCGACGUCUCCAACGGCACUGUGGCCUUUGUCCUCCAGGAUUAUCUGACGAGCUUCGCUCAGUCCGGCCAUCCCAGUUCCCCCUUGGGUCCCAUCUUUGAACAAUAUGGCCAACGAGGAUCCUUGAUGAAUAUUGCCAAUCCCGCCAUCGGCCCCAUACGUGACCCAACUGAUAGCCCGCGGUGCCGAUUCUGGCAAACUGCGCCGUUUAAGUAG